AAUUGAUUGAAACAUCCACUUCAUCCCUCAUUACCAAAUACAGGUGCUGCAUUCGCGUCCAUUCCCAUAAUAAUUAUCGCAUUUACCAAAUGCAACUUGACGCUGGUCAUUGUUUGCCUACUGAUUCAUUACAUUGCAAGAAUUUCACUCGCAUUUGGAGCUCCAUUAAGUAUGAUUGACAUGAGUCCUGAGUUCUGCGGAAUUAUUGAAGGAUUAUCGGGAACAUCAUCUUCUAUUCAAGCAUUUCUGUUCACUUGGGCGGUGAAUUACUUCACUGCAAGCUUGGCCUUCGAGGAACUGUGGAAAAUGGUAUUCUUAUAUUCAACAAUGUAUUUGGUUGUGGCUAGCGUGCUGUUCUUGAUUUUUGGCACUUCUGAGGUUCAAGCCUGGAAUUAUAGAGGUCGAAGUGAACAGCGUAAAUCUGAGGAUGUAAAAAAUGUGAAAUCUGAGGUGACUUCGUGACAUUUUUGUGAAUUUACCCAAACUUACUGAAUAU